GCGGGAAGUGUUCAGGCCACUAAUGUGAGCGGAAGUCGCUGCUAGUUCUCUUUUCCGGCGGCCAUAGUGGACUGUGCGGCUCGGCAUCAUGAAGUUCAGUCCGUUUGUUACCUCUGACAGAAGCAAGAAUCGCAAAAGGCACUUCAAUGCUCCCUCACAUGUCCGUAGAAAGAUUAUGUCCUCUCCCCUCUCCAAGGAGUUGAGACAAAAGUACAACGUCCGCUCUAUGCCCAUCCGCAAGGAUGAUGAAGUACAGGUUGUACGUGGACACUACAAAGGCCAGCAAAUUGGCAAGGUUGUCCAGGUGUACAGAAAAAAAUACGUCAUCUACAUUGAACGUGUGCAGCGUGAGAAGGCCAACGGCACCACUGUCCAUGUCGGUAUCCACCCCAGCAAGGUGGUGAUCACCAGGCUAAAGCUCGACAAGGAUCGCAAGAAGAUUUUGGAACGCAAGGCCAAGUCUCGCCAAGUUGGCAAAGAGAAGGGCAAAUACAAGGAGGAAACCAUUGAGAAGAUGCAAGAAUAACUUUAUCAAUAAAAACAAAAACUGUUCAGUUUCUACAAA